AUGGGCGGUCACGCCGCUUCUUCGAGUCUGGCGUCUCCCUAUUCUCUGUUGAGGGGAUCUAAGACCGCACAAUCCGCGCUCCCUUCAUCCCGUUCGGACCGAACGAGGAAGUUUACCGUUCCAGCACGAAAGCGAGCUGUGAACGACGACUCGCUUCUAGAUGACAGUGUGAAGGAAGAAGUGCCUUCGCCAGGGACAGCGGAUGCGGGCGUGGACGAAAGCCUGAUAGACAUUUCUAGGAAUUCGAGUGCAACCGAUCUGCCUUCGAUGAACGGUUUCAGCGACGCUCUUGCACCUGCGAGAAUCUUGAACCCGAGGAAAUUCGCGAGGCAGCUUGUGGCCAAAGUUCACGCUGCGUUCGUGGGACAGAGUCGACCCUCUGAAGAUGCCCAGAACGAACAGGACGGCGUCAGGGAUGAGCUGCCUGCUUCCUUUCUCAGCAUCGGCGAGCAGACGAACCGGGACGACUACUCGGGUACUGCCGCUGACGACGUAGAAGGCGAGGCGGAGGGUAGCGAGACUGGACACAUGAUCCCUGACGAAGCCGUUGGGAAGUCGGUCUUUCUCCAAGGCGAGGAAAGACCUGAAAGAAGUGACGAGGAAGAAGACGAAGACUUGCAGGACACAGACUCAAGUUUGGAUGACAUGCAGUCUGUUCACGAACAUGGUGUCGCGUUCGUGCAAAACACAGAGAAGGCAGGAAAGGAAGAAGCCGAAAGCUCUUCCGAAGCAGACGACGCUAUAGUAGGCAGCAGCGAAGAAGCAGGGAGCGAAUCGAAGUCAGAUGCGGGAGACAAGUCGAAGUCAGAGAGCGAGUCGAAGUCAGAGAGCGAGUCGGCGUCAGAUGCGGGAGAGAACUCGAAGUCGGAUGCAGGAGACAAAUCGAAGUCGGAUGCAGGAGACAAAUCGAAGUCGGAUGCAGGAGACAAAUCGAAGUCAGAUGCAGGAGACAAGUCGAAGUCAGAUGCAGGAGACAAAUCGAAGUCAGAUGCAGGAGACAAGUCGAAGUCAGAUGCAGGAGAGAAGUCGAAGUCAGAUGCAGGAGACAAGUCGGACGCGGACUCGUCGAAGAAGUCGUCGAGUGGAAAAGCCGGAGUAAGUGAUAACCAUAAGAGUGCUGCCAAAUCACAUAGCCACCUAGUGCACGUGACUACUGGAAACUCACCUGAAAUUAAAGCAUACCGUGCCACAGUGCAUCCCUAUCACAACAGGCGCAGGAAGAAGGAGGAGAAGGAAGGGGGGUCAAAGGACGAUGACUCUAAAAAUGAAGACCAGACCAAGGAAGGGGGAGGGAAAUCCGAACACCAUGACUCUGCCCACGAGCCGGACAGCAUAACGGCAUCAUCCUCUUCUCACACUGAGGAGGGAAACGAAAACGAAGAGGAAUCAGGAUCCUCUCUUGGUGAUCGAGAACACGUGACCGCAGAAGAGUCAACGCACUCUCACCACGGCGAGACGGGAGGGGACGAAGCAAGGUCAGGUGCCGAUUACCACGGAGAGACACCAGACGCAGGAGAUAAAUCGGAGCAUGUGCACCAUGGCGAGACGGGCGAGAUUGAAGCCAGGCCAGCCACCCGUCACCAUGAGCAUGCACAUGACACAGGAGCCGAUUCAGCGCUAGGUCAUCCUGGCGAGACGGGCGAGAUUGAAGCCAGGCCAGCCACCCGUCACCAUGAACAUGCACAUGACACAGGAGCCGAUUCAGCGCUAGGUCAUCCUGGCGAGACGGGCGAGAUUGAAGCCAGGCCAGCCACCCGUCACCAUGAACAUGCACAUGACACAGGAGCCGAUUCAGCGCUAGGUCAUCCUGGCGAGACGGGCGAGAUUGAAGCCAGGCCAGCCACCCGUCACCAUGAACAUGCACAUGACACAGGAGCCGAUUCAGCGCUAGGUCAUCCUGGCGAGACGGGCGAGAUUGAAGCCAGGCCAGCCACCCGUCACCAUGAACAUGCACAUGACACAGGAGCCGAUUCAGCGCUAGGUCAUCCUGGCGAGACGGGCGAGAUUGAAGCCAGGCCAGCCACCCGUCACCAUGAACAUGCACAUGACACAGGAGCCGAUUCAGCGCUAGGUCAUCCUGGCGAGACGGGCGAGAUUGAAGCCAGGCCAGCCACCCGUCACCAUGAACAUGCACAUGACACAGGAGCCGAUUCAGCGCUAGGUCAUCCUGGCGAGACGGGCGAGAUUGAAGCGACUCCAACUGCGAGUCAUGGUGAUAACGCCGAGAUCAAUGGAGGCGCAUCAUGGACAGGUAACGAAGGAGAGACAGGGGGGAAUGAUGCGACUCCAACUGCGAGUCAUGGUGAUAACGCCGAGAUCAAUGGAGGCGCAUCAUGGACAGGUAACGAAGGAGAGACAGGGGGGAAUGAUGCGACUCCAACUGCGAGUCAUGGUGAUAACGCCGAGAUCAAUGGAGGCGCAUCAUGGACAGGUAACGAAGGAGAGACAGGGGGGAAUGAUGCGACUCCAACUGCGAGUCAUGGUGAUAACGCCGAGAUAAAUGGAGGCGCAUCAUGGACAGGUAACGAAGGAGAGACAGGGGGGAAUGAUGCGACUCCAACUGCGAGUCAUGGUGAUAACGCUGAGAUAAAUGGAGGCGCAGCAUGGACAGGUAACGAAGGAGAGACAGGGGGGAAUGAUGCGACUCCAACUGCCCAUCAUGACGAUAUCGCUCUGAAUAACGGCGGCGAACCAUCGGGAGGUAACGAAGGAGAGCCAAGGGGGAGUGACGCGACUCCAACUGCUCAUCACGACGAUGACGCUCAGAAUAACGGCGGCGAACCAUCGGGAGGUAACGAAGGAGGGCCAAGGGGGAGUGACGCGACUCCAACUGCCCAUCAUGACGAUAUCGCUCAGAAUAACGGCGGCGAACCAUCGGGAGGUAACGAAGGAGAGCCAAGGGGGAGUGACGCGACUCCAACUGCUCAUCACGACGAUGACGCUCAGAAUAACGGCGGCGAACCAUCGGGAGGUAACGAAGGAGGGCCAAGGGGGAGUGACGCGACUCCAACUGCCCAUCAUGACGAUAUCGCUCAGAAUAACGGCGGCGAACCAUCGGGAGGUAACGAAGGAGGGCCAAGGGGGAGUGACGCGACUCCAACUGCCCAUCAUGACGAUAUCGCUCUGAAUAACGGCGGCGAACCAUCGGGAGGUAACGAAGGAGAGCCAAGGGGGAGUGACGCGACUCCAACUGCCCAUCAUGACGAUAUCGCUCAGAAUAACGGCGGCGAACCAUCGGGAGGUAACGAUGGAGAGCCAAGGGGGAGUGACGCGACUCCAACUGCCCAUCAUGACGAUAUCGCUCAGAAUAACGGCGGCGAACCAUCGGGAGGUAACGAUGGAGAGCCAAGGGGGAGUGACGCGACUCCAACUGCUCAUCACGACGAUGACGCUCAGAAUAACGGCGGCGAACCAUCGGGAGGUAACGAUGGAGAGCCAAGGGGGAGUGACGCGACUCCAACUGCCCAUCAUGACGAUAUCGCUCAGAAUAACGGCGGCGAACCAUCGGGAGGUAACGAUGGAGAGCCAAGGGGGAGUGACGCGACUCCAACUGCUCAUCACGACGAUAUCGCUCAGAAUAACGGAGGCGAAUCAGCCCCGGCGAAUCAGGGAGAUACAGGAAGGGACCACACUGGGGAUGCAGACAUUGCCAGCGGCCAGGAGCCCGAGAUCGAAGAGGAAUAUUCGCACCCUCACCCUGUUGAGGCCCGACCUAGCGACGCAACUGGGGGACACACUCCACCAAUUCAUGAACACGACACACGCAGCGAAUCGCCUGACGCUCACCACGGUGGCGAGGAACACCAAGCAGAGACCGGAAACGCGUCAGUGCAUGCGCACGACGCCGCAGAAGGACAUCGGGAAGGAGAGCACGAACACGCGUCUGGUGAAAAGGAGCACGAGGCGGGAGAGGCGUCUGUGCAUGCGCACGACGGUGCGGAGGGACAGCAUGAAGGAGGGCACGAACACGCUUCUGGUGAAAAGGAGCACGAGGCGGGAGAGGCGUCUGUGCAUGCGCACGACGGUGCGGAAGGACAGCGUGAAGGAGAGCACGAACACACUUCUGGUGAAAAGGAUCACGAGGCGGGAGAGGCGUCUGUGCAUGCGCACGACGGUGCGGAAGGACAGCAUGACGGAGAGCACGAACACGCGUCUGGUGAAAAGGAGCACGAGGCGGGAGAGGCGUCUGUGCAUGCGCACGACGGUGCGGAAGGACAGCAUGACGGAGAGCACGAACACGCUUCUGGUGAAAAGGAGCACGAGGCGGGAGAGGCGUCUGUGCAUGCGCACGACGGUGCGGAAGGACAGCGUGAAGGAGAGCACGAACACACUUCUGGUGAAAAGGAUCACGAGGCGGGAGAGGCGUCUGUGCAUGCGCACGACGGUGCGGAAGGACAGCAUGACGGAGAGCACGAACACGCGUCUGGUGAAAAGGAGCACGAGGCGGGAGAGGCGUCUGUGCAUGCGCACGACGGUGCGGAAGGACAGCAUGACGGAGAGCACGAACACGCUUCUGGUGAAAAGGAGCACGAGGCGGGAGAGGCGUCUGUGCAUGCGCACGACGGUGCGGAAGGACAGCAUGACGGAGAGCACGAACACGCUUCUGGUGAAAAGGAUCACGAGGCGGGAGAGGCGUCUGUGCAUGCGCACGACGGUGCGGAGGGACAGCAUGAAGGAGGGCACGAACACGCGUCUGGUGAAAAGGAGCACGAGGCGGGAGAGGCGUCUGUGCAUGCGCACGACGGUGCGGAAGGACAGCAUGAAGGAGGGCACGAACACGCUUCUGGUGAAAAGGAUCACGAGGCGGGAGAGGCGUCUGUGCAUGCGCACGACGGUGCGGAAGGACAGCAUGACGGAGAGCACGAACACGCGUCUGGUGAAAAGGAUCACGAGGCGGGAGAGGCGUCUGUGCAUGCGCACGACGGUGCGGAAGGACAGCAUGACGGAGAGCACGAACACGCGUCUGGUGAAAAGGAGCACGAGGCGGGAGAGGCGUCUGUGCAUGCGCACGACGGUGCGGAGGGACAGCAUGAAGGAGGGCACGAACACGCUUCUGGUGAAAAGGAGCACGAGGCGGGAGAGGCGUCUGUGCAUGCGCACGACGGUGCGGAAGGACAGCGUGAAGGAGAGCACGAACACACUUCUGGUGAAAAGGAUCACGAGGCGGGAGAGGCGUCUGUGCAUGCGCACGACGGUGCGGAAGGACAGCAUGACGGAGAGCACGAACACGCGUCUGGUGAAAAGGAGCACGAGGCGGGAGAGGCGUCUGUGCAUGCGCACGACGGUGCGGAAGGACAGCAUGACGGAGAGCACGAACACGCUUCUGGUGAAAAGGAGCACGAGGCGGGAGAGGCGUCUGUGCAUGCGCACGACGGUGCGGAAGGACAGCAUGACGGAGAGCACGAACACGCUUCUGGUGAAAAGGAUCACGAGGCGGGAGAGGCGUCUGUGCAUGCGCACGACGGUGCGGAGGGACAGCAUGAAGGAGGGCACGAACACGCGUCUGGUGAAAAGGAGCACGAGGCGGGAGAGGCGUCUGUGCAUGCGCACGACGGUGCGGAAGGACAGCAUGACGGAGAGCACGAACACGCGUCUGGUGAAAAGGAUCACGAGGCGGGAGAGGCGUCUGUGCAUGCGCACGGCGGUGCGGAAGGACAGCAUGACGGAGAGCACGAACAUGCUUCUGGUAGAAACGACCACGAACCCGGAGGCGCGUCAGUGCAUGCGCUCGACGGUGCGGAAGGACUCCAGGAUGGAGAGGACGAACACGCUCCUAGUGGGAAGGACGACGAAGCCGGAGGCGCGUCAGUGCAUGUUCGCCACGGCCAGGCAGCUGGAAACGAGGAACCGGAACAGUCGCGUGGUGAUCAGGAAUAUGAGAUUGGAGGAGAGUCCGCCUCGUCUCACACUGAUCACGAGAAUGAAAACACUGGAAAAUUAUUAAAAGCUCCUGAACAGGGCCAGGAGACUGGAGGGGCAACCGCUUCUUUUCACGCUGGGCUGGGACAGGGAAACGAAGGGGAGUCACUGCGUUCUCACUCUGAGCAGAGGAAGGAAGGAACAGAAAAGGGAGGAGUGGAGGGUCACCCUCAGACUGAGGAGCCGCAAGGGAAAAAGGCAAAGAAGCAGGAGGAACACCGUAAACUGGAUGUUGCUCUCAGGCAACAUCGAGAAGCUGAAGAGAAACGUCGACAUGCCGACGAGCUGUUGCAGAAACACCAUCUCGGACAGGGUGGACCUCGAGGACGCGCGACCGUGACGGCGCAUUCACACAUGCACGUCCAAGAUAUAACUCAGCACCGGCAACUGGAGGAGGCGACGGAAAUGGCGGGAAAAUUGACCCAUCACUUACAAAUCCAGAACGCACUGAAGCUGAGAGAAAUGUUUUUGAAGCGAAAGCAAGUUGGGCAUCUCAAUUUGCUCAAGCACCUCCAGGAUCUCAUGCAGGCAGUUGUUUCGAGGAUCUACACGAAAAUGAAGGGGGUCAAGCGUGCUCUGAAGCGCAUGUAUCUCCACGGCCGCUUCGUCAUAAAACGGUUCCUGCACGAGACAGACCACAAAGUCAUCCGUCCGGAGGAGCUGCCGUCAGCCCUGAUGGCACCCGCGGACGAAAGCAACGUGCUGGGCAAAACCACCAACGGAAUGGUCAUGGACUGCCCCACAGAUUGCAAUCCGGCUGCCUGCGACAACAAACCCGUGAACCCCUCUCAGUGCUUCAAAUACGAAGCUGUGGCCGGCGGCGGGGGUUUCCGGCGGUGCGAGCCGUUCGCCGAUCCACUCACUGCGACGUGUGCACCGGGAUUCACCAGAUGUGCAAUGGCGGCGCCGACGCGCGGCAAGCACUACCAGAUGUUUUCCUCGCCGCCGGAGCAUCCUCUGCCCCAGCCUCUCCUCGUUCAAGGAAGCAACUUGCACGCCUGCUUGCGACUUCUCCCCGUCCACGAGAAGACCAAGUGCAGCCCGGAAACUUCCGAGAUGGUUGAGGCUGCUCUGAAGGAUACCCAGGCCAUCGCCCAGCAGCCACCCCCCCAUGUCUUGGAACAAGGCGUUCUGUUUGAGAAUAUUCAGGUCCCCCAGCCAGGGAACUACAAGCUGUGCAUGCUCCAAUAUUGGAGACCGCCUGAGUCGAAACCGUCAGACAACGUGUUUAUCAUGGGCAUAGACGAGAUAGGGACUCUUGAGGUCCUACAACAGCCUGACGCGGACACGUUGAAACAAGUGCAAGGCUUGCAUAAAAAGACGCCAGAAACGGAUUAA